GAGGAUGUGGUCUUGGUAUUUCCUACUGCCGGCCGACGUCUCUCAGCUGUGGCUGAUCCGGGCUGAUCUGGGACACUGAUUAAUGCAAUUAGUGACGAUGGAGCAGAGCUCGUGCACUGAGGACCGUAUCCAGCAUAGCCUCGAGCGCUGCCUCUGUCACCUGGGAAUCAACUCUCCCGACAAGCAGCUGUGGAAUGCUGGACUGUGCAUAAGCCGCUGGUGUUUGGAGGAACAUGUGAAGAGGCAUCCCCACAACUUCCUCAUCCUUCUGCAAAAAAUACUGCAAAAAACAAAGGAGGUGCUGGUGGAGUGUCGGAAUGAACUGGUGGUGCCCCUGACCCUCCUUUUCUCUGCAGCUCUUCUCAGAACCCCUUAUUUAGCUCCAGCUUGCAGUGUGCUGCAGGAGGCCUAUCUGUUGUUCCACCAGUUCCUGGCCUGGCCAGAGCCUUGUAGCUCUGCCUGCAAAAGUUUACUAAUUGUCAUUGACCAGGAGAUUCGGGCACCAGGUAUUUCAUUUCAACGAUUGGUAAGGACGGAGCAGGCAAUUUCCCCUGAUGUCAACUGCUCUAAAACCAUAAUGGUGCUGUUGGUGAGCCCAGGUGGUGAUGUCCCUCAGGAGGUCCAGUUGGCCUCUGAGCAGCUCAGUACCAUCAAUUAUUCCAACAGAAACGUCAUUACAACUCUUAUCCUGCACAGUUUUCAGGCUGCUUUUGGUAACAAACUGGACCUGCAGGCUCUCCACGCUGCUCUGCAGGAAAAAGAGUUAUAUGAGCUGGAACAGCUUUUGGAGACCAUAACUGGCAGCAUGGAGACAGCGACCUCUGUGCCAAAUAAUACGACUGCUAGGGAGGGUCUACUCCACAGCUUGGAGAAGCUCAGAGAAAGUCUUGCUGUCCCUUCUAGGGAUGGUUGCUCAGAGACUGGAUCUGUUGAAAUCCUAACGCUGCCCUUUCCCAAAUGUCACACAUGUUUAUGGGAGGACGAUAACUUUGAGGUCCUGAAAGACCUUCUUGCAGUUGAUUCUGACCUGGAUUCCCCUCCAGAGUGUUUCCCAAAAAUAUGUGAGGAUGAUACUAUUGACACUAGCAUUGAUGAAGAAGACGAGCUGGACUCAAACAAACUGGAUGAUCAGAUUCAAAGCCAUCGGAUAUCCACCACCUCGUCUUCCUCGAGGCACUCUUCGUUUUCAGGUUACUCUCUUUCCUCCAGCUGGUCUGUGCCGUCUGCUUCAUCAGGAGUGGAAAGCGACUUCAGUGAGGACACAGCGCAUGAGGAGACUGAGGAAGGACAAGGCACCCAUCCGAAGGUUAGAAAGAAGCCCAAGAAAAAGUCUAAAUCCCUCUUGGGUUUGGAGCGUCUCUCCUUGAUCUUCAAGACACCCCACAGUCCAAGCACUUGCCGCCGUGUCCAGAGCAUGGGCUACAAUGGUGACAUCACCAAAGACUACCUAAUGACAGGGGCCCAGCUCAAACAUUCAGGGACUCCCAUGAGACAUCCUCAUCUGAAUGUGUCCGUCACAGCUCCAGUAGAUCCUUCCUCUCCCCGGAGGCACAUCUGCGUUCGCAGGAGGCCGAUCCUGAGCUGCGAUGAGGGGAAUGAGCCAGAAGUGCCCACUGUCGUCAAGGUGGUUGCAUUUGGAGGUGACAGAGAGGCUGGGAGGCUUGCUCGGGCAUACAGUGAUCUGCAGCAGAAAGAGAGAAGGUGUCCCCAACUCACUAAGACAUGCAAACUGCAGUUUUACUUUGUUCCCAUCAAGAAGAGAGCUACAAGUCCAGGAGGAGGUCACACGCCAACAGAAGGACAGGAAUUAAAUGGCCAGGAAGUGGAGGACAGUACAACAGAUAUAGCAGAGAUGUUGGGCCUGAUAGAUCCCUGGUAUGAGCGCAAUGUCCUCAAUCUGCUCAGCUUGUCCUCUGAAGUGCUCUGCGAGGCUGCUCCCAAGGACGAUGAUGUCUCCACCAGCACUGGCAGCAUGGAGCAUCGUCUUCCCCUGUUGGCUGACUUGGUUCUCUAUUACUGCAGACAUGCAGAUCAGCCAAUUCUGGUGCAGCUCUACCAGGCUGAGCUGACCCUGGCAGGGGGAGAGAAGAGAAAGGAAGUGUUCAUUCAUUCCUUGGAGCUGGGACACACAGCUGGAGCCAGAGCUGUUAAGGCCAUGGGGGCUGCAAGCAAAAGGUUGGGAAUGGAUGCAGAGCGGGAGGCUGUUCCUCUCACACUGAGUGUGGCCUACAAAAAGGUGGCCGUCAGUGGGAGGAGUAGGUGGAUCCACCAAGAUGUCGUCUGCACGUCGAUUAACCUUCAAAAAACCUGCAGCAAUUCAGAGCAGCUGGAUUCUAUAGAAGGUCUGCAGCUGACCUUGACAGAGGUUCUGAAGAAGCAGAACUCCAAAUCUAAAAAGGGUUAUAACCAGAUCUUGGUAUCAGAAAUAAAGGUGGACAAGGUGCACAUGAGUGCUCAAGGGGAUGGGACAACGUUUGCUGUUUGUCUGGAUCAAGACAAAAAGACAUUCAUUCAAAGAGUCAAAAGGUGUGAGGUGUCCCUGUGCAGCAAACCAGGCAGCAGUUUGGAUUGGAGGACCUACAAAACACUACCGGGCCAAAUCCAACCCUUGCACCCGACAUACUGCUCUCUGCUCUGCCUUCCCAUCACCUCUUUCUCUGCCUCGUGUCAGUGACCCAUCUGACACAGCACUGUCGAAGGAUCCAGGAUGUAUAGAAUAGAACACAAUGAGUGGGAAAAUAAAGUAAGGACAGAGAACAGAAAUUAACAUUUCAUUUCAAGAAACAGGUGAUUAUUUAUUAUACGUUUAACCAGUAGUGAAAGUAAUUUUAAAUUCCAGCUGGUUCUUAGGGGCAGAGCUAGAGGGGUGGCUGGGGAGGCACUGGGGGCAUAUAUGCAUGUGUGUAUAUAUAUUUAUAUAUAUAUAUGUAUAUGAAUAUGUGUGUGUGUGUUGUUGCUCUCA